AUGUCCGCAAGACCACCUCGAGUUCUCAUCAUUGGCGCUGGAUCUCGCGGCCGUGUCUAUGGUCGUUGCACCAUCCAGUCCAGCAACGGUAUCGUCACCACUGUCUGCGAGCCUGACCCCUAUAAGCGUGACGAGUUCGUCCGCACCUUCAUCUGGCAUGACAAAGCACAGCAUGCGCCCGAGGGCUCUAGCUUUGCUGGCUGGCGUGACUUCGUUGAGUGGGAACUCCGACGCCGCGAGCGAGAAGCUGCUGGCGAAAAGGAUGUACCUGAGGGUGUCGAUGCUGCUUUCGUGUGCGUUCGCGAUGAGAUGCACCAUGGCGUUGUCAUGGCUCUCGCCCCGCUCAAUCUACAUAUUAUGUGCGAGAAGCCUCUCGCCACUACUCUCGACGACUGCGUCAGCAUGUAUCGAGCCAUGGCACCUUUGCAAAGCACCAAGGUCUUUUCUGUCGGCCAUGUCCUACGAUACUCUCCGCAUAACAUAAUGCUACGGAAGCUAUUGCUCGAGGACCAAGCCAUCGGCGAAAUUCUCAGUAUUGUACACACUGAGCCUGUUGGUUUUUGGCACUUCGCUCACUCCUACGUACGUGGAAACUGGCGCAAGGAGUCCAGCACCGCACCUUCCCUCCUGACUAAAAGCUGUCAUGACAUGGAUAUCAUCAUGUGGCUACUUUGCUCACCGGCCGACCCCGGAUCUGAUGAACCCCCGCAUAUCCCUUCUGAAAUCGCCUCUACGGGAUCAUUACAGUUUUUUCGACGGAGCCGGAAGCCUAAAGCUGCCGGUUCUGCUACCAAUUGUCUGAGUUGUCCUAUUGAGCCCGAGUGCAUGUACUCGAGCAAACGUGUGUAUGAGAGUGCACGGCACCAAGGCCUUGAAACGGGGAAUACGCGGUGGCCGAUGAGUGUCGUGUUACCGGACAUCGAAAGUUUCGGAGGUGACAUUGAGCAAGCGCGGCCGGAAUUACUACGACGCUUAGCCGAGGACUACAAUGAGUCGACAACACAAGAAGAAAUUGAUUCGCAAAAUUGGUUUGGGCGGUGCGUCUUCGAGUCCGACAACGAUGUGUGCGAUGAGCAAGUCGUCACGAUACGCUGGGACGAAGACCCGCUCCCACCCUCACAACGGCAAAGCGCAUAUAAAGACGAAGUAGGUAACCGCGGUGCCAAGCAAGCAACUUUCCACAUGAUUGCGCAGACAAAGCGGCAAUGCCAUCGCUUUACGUACGUGUACGGGACGUGGGGCGAGAUAUAUGCCGACUCACGGACGAUAACCAUAGAAGACUUCCGAGACGGCACGCAGCGGUCGUACCGCCCUAAGCUUGAGAGUCUAGGCCAUGGUGGCGGCGACCAUGGUAUUACCCAACAGUUUAUACUGGCGGUUGACCGCGUCAAGAACCAUGGGUGGCCUGCCCCGCGCGCCCAGCGUGAAUUCAUCGGAUGUAGCCUUGAGGAGAUUAUUCGAAGCCAUGCCAUGGUGUUCGCGGCCGAGGAGGCGCGCACGGGUCGGAAGAUCGUUGAUUGGAAGAGCUGGUGGGAGGAGAAAGUUGGUUCAAUAUCGAGCUAG